GAAGAUACUGCAUUAACGCAUAGACGAAUUCCUGGAAGUCAUAAAGAAUGACCACAUACAGUUUUGCCACUGUCAUUGUUGCCUUUGUAAUCAGUGCUUAUGGGCAUGAUUGCACAAAAUACAGCCUGACACCAUCAGAUCAGUCUCUUAUUGAUAUGAUGAAGCAUUACUUGCAUACCUCCCGGAAAGCGGACUGUCCUGUAACACCUUCGCAACAGGAUAUUGGUGUGACAUAUGUCAGAUGGGGGAAGAAAACUUGUCCUGCAAAUUCGGACAUUGUGUAUACAGGACAGGCUGGAGGUAAUUAUUAUACUAACAAAGGAGGAGGUUCAAACUACCUCUGUUUACCCAGUGAUCCAGAAAAUGGUAAAUCAUACUCCUAUGAUAAUGAUGGACUAUAUGGUGCCGAGUACGAGAUAAAUUCCAGCUCUAAACCAUCCGGUUUACCUACUAGUUUGUAUGAUAAAGAGGUCCCAUGUUCCGUGUGCAGGCAAAAAGGGAAAGUUUCUGUUUUAAUGAUAGCAGGAAGGAAGUCUUGUUACAAAGGAUGGCAAUCCGAGUACAAUGGGUUUUUAAUGAGUGAAUCUAAAAAUCAUAACAAUAAAGACUUUAUCUGUAUGGACGGCGACGCGAAACCAUUGGACAAUCGAUCAUCCAACGAAAAUGGUGCUUUGAUUUAUCCUAUCAGAGCAAAAUGUGGAAGUUUGAGAUGUCCCCCAUACAAAGAUAAUACUGAAGUGCUUUGUACCGUUUGUACAAAAUAAAAAAAUAUAUAUAUAA